AUGCAAUUCUUGACCGGAACAGCAUGCCAUGAUGAAGGAGACUGCGGAAGUCAAGAGAUCACCCAAAAGAGCAACAGGGUAGCAAUAGGAGCUUCAGAGGAGCAGAUCGCCCCAGCUCGAUCAGAUUUGAGAGCUGGAAGGAAAGGGACAAUCAAAAGAGGGCGGCGAAAGGUGAAACGUAAGAGGAAAAAUGCUGAUCAUGGGUCAAGAAGUGAUCAGGCAUCUUUGGAUCAAGUCGAGGUCCAGGAAGAUUCCCCAGAGCAAGAAGAGUUGGAUAAAAAUGAUCAAAGUCUUGUGUCAGAGCACGUGCCUGGUGAGAGCAAGCUCAGCAGUUUUUGGAUGCCUCCACUUGCUCACGAUGAUCAUGACGAUGAUAGUAACAUCAUGAGGAAACGGAUUGUAGAUGGACCACUACCAUGUCCACCUUGUGCAAACUGUCGCCCAGUUUCUGGAUCUUCAGGUCAGCACAUACGUGGAGCGCUAAAAACGAGCAACAACCACACAUUGACAGAUGGUGUCAGGGAACGCAGAGUUAGCAUUGCCACUUCUGACGAAGCCACAGAUGUCAGAGAGGCUCGGUCGACAAAGCCUGUAGCCACCCUUCGGUCAUUGAAUUCUUUCGCUGAGACGGGUCGAAGAGGAUUCAGUUGCUUCGCCCAUUUCCUUCUGUCCUUGAUAGGCGGUGCCCGUCAAACCCAAACAUCGUUCCAACAAGCUGUUGAGGCGUGCCAAGCACGAGAGAGCCGCUGUUGUGUUUAUGUGACCAUCAUAGUGUUUGGACACUUUUGCUCUUUCGCACUGCCUUUGGCCUUCAUUUUUUGUGGGCUGACAUACGUGUACCAGAAAGGGCCACGUGUGGAAGAGAUUGAUGAGUUCUUGAAGCUUCCUGUCAAACAGCCGUACUGGAUGAUUUUGAUCACGAGCAUUCUUGGAGCAGCUUCAACUGCGCUGAUCAUGGGGCCACCUGCAUUCCGGACACUCGAUACAGGAGCUCUGCAGUUUAUCGGAAGAAUGUUCAAACUUGUUUUUACUCUCUACCUCCUGUACAGGACAAUCUACUCCUCAAUCGAGGAUCUAGCGGAGGUGCAGGAAAUUUUUGUGAAAGAAUUUUCACGACACAUCGGCUUGUCAACCCUGCUCCGCACGUUAAUGUUCUCCAUGCUGCAAUCUGGUACGAGCUCUCAGUGGAGAAGAUAUGUGGAUCAGUUCGUUUUGAUGCUGGUGUACAACGACUAUCUCAACUUCAGAAAAGCCCACGACGCAGACUUUUAUAAAAACUGGAGCAAGUAUAUGACACGCGUAAGGGAAGCUGAAGGACAAGGAGAGUUGACCCUGGAAGCUCUGAAAUCAAGGCCCUACAGUGACGAGACAGGUGGAAAAGGGGGCUUUGCACCGUCUGUUCUUGAUCCUAAGCGCUUGGUCUUUUUGAUACAAGAGAUGACCAAUUGCAAUGGGCUGACGGAAAAGCCUCCAUGGGCAAAGCAGCAGGAGGAGGAGUCGUCAGACGUCUCAUGGUGUGACAGACUCUGGUUUGUUUGCCAUUCAGCGAGCAAAGGGGUCUUUACAAUUUACAUUGUGGUGCUCCUUGUCCGUUGCUGGACUUUCGGAUGGUGUGUUGGUACCGUGUACCUCCCCCUCUUCGCCAUCCUUUAUCCCUGGGUGAUUAUCCUUGUGCUAAUCUUUAUGAUUCUUAUGCGACUGUUUGUGGUGGAAUUGCUGCUGAGAAUUCUGAUCAUUCGUCAGAACAACGAAGGCUGUUUGGAGCGAGUGCAAGCUCUAUGGCGACUUUGUUGCUGUUGCGAUGGGGAAUCGAAGCUGAAAGGCUUGACACCAGAAUUGGAAAUUGAAACUCCUGAUGGCAAGCUGGCCCAAAUGAUGUUGUACCACUGCCCUGGGCAAGAUGCAGCCACAAGUGACUCGAGUGUAGUGGAAGAAGGUUACUACUCUACAAAGUACAGGGAGAAGACUUUGUGUUUAAUGACCCUUGCAAAUGCUAUGGCUUCAACAGGCUUUCUCCCUGGGAAUUUCGAUAGAGCAAUAUGGCCUGGUCUCUUGUACACAACGAUCUUGUCAGAGAAAGCAACAGAAGAAGAGUUAAAAAGAAACUACGAAAAAGAAGUGGAGGUGCUCCGCGCUACGGGUAUCACUCGAGAUGGAUGGUGCUACGUCAUUGUCUAUGCUGCUGUUGGCAAAGUCAUGGUAGACUUCAUGGUUGCGGUUCUGUCGCGUUUCAUGGCUGGAGUUGGAUAUUUUGAUUGUCUUGUUGUGACAUUGACGGAUCGCACCUGGCAGAGUUGGAUUGAGCAGUUGAAUCUCAUGGACACGAUGAACCAGAUUAUACAAUGGGACUUGGAGGAUGCAUUGCGGGCAGCGAAGGAGGCCGCGCUAUGGGAGCAACACUCAGAGCUCCUAGAGAAGGCUCAAGCGAUCCUGGAGGCUCUCAAAAAAGAAUCUGGAGGUGACGGAUCAUCUGGAGAAGCAGACACUUCGGCUGAUGCUGAGGGUGAUGCAAUGGAGGAGGAGGCAACUUCUGCUACUGAAGGCGAAGGAGGUCGAGCUGAAGGAGAAGAGGAGUUUGUGCCAAAGAUCCUAAACUUGGACGACGACGAGGAGUUGGUCUUCGAUUUGGGCAUGGGAUGA